CAUUUUCACUUCACAGUUAUGAGCGGCUAUACCUUCGUUAGUCUUUCAAUCAACUUCGCAUAGACGGCAAUCAUGGCAAAGAAAUGCGUCCACAAAGGGUGUGGGAAAGUCUACUCAGACGAGUCUGAAGAAUGCUCCUAUCACCCCGGCCCGCCAGAAUUCCACGAGGGACAGAAAGGUUGGAAGUGCUGCAAGCCUCGAGUCCUCACCUUCGACGAAUUCCUCUCCAUCCCGCCCUGCACCACCGGAAAGCACUCCGAUGUAGACGAAACUCUAGCAACUGAGCCAGCGUCAGCAGCAGCUCCUGCUCCUGCAGAGCCUGCGCCUCCGCGUGUGCCUGUAUCUAUGGACAGCCUAUCUGCAGCCCUGCCUCAAUCCGCACCACAAGCAGCCCAGGCACGACCUUCACCAUCACCAGCCCCACUAGAGUCUGAAGAUGACGAUCCCGAUACACCCAUUGUUACAGGGCAAUCCUGUAGGCGUCGAGGAUGUGACGGGAAAUACUCAGGGAAUCGGGAAGGGGAGCAAUGUGUGCAUCACCCGGGUGCCGCUAUAUUCCACGAAGGCUCGAAAGGGUGGUCGUGCUGUAAGAGGCGGGUGCUGGAGUUCGACGAGUUCAUGAAGAUAGAAGGAUGCAAAACGAAAGACCGGCAUCUGUUUGUUGGCAGCAAGAAGAAGGGAGGGGAGGAGAAGCUGGACACAGUGCGCCACGACUUUUACCAAACCCCUUCUACCGUCAUCGCCUCUCUAUACCUCAAGAAGAUCGACAAAGCAACAUCGACCGUCUCCUUCACAUCAACCAAUGUUGAGCUAGACCUACGGACCUCGGACAAUAAGCGAUACCAGACCGACAUGCCCUUCUUUGGCGAGAUAAACCCUGAAACCAGUACCUUCAAGAUCAUGGGUACUAAGUUGGAAAUGGAGCUCAAGAAGGCAAAUGGGAACAGUUGGCCGGUGCUGAAGAAGGAUGAUCCGCUGACAGGAGAGAUCUUGCAGACAGGUAGGGCUGGAAGGGUUUGAAGAGUCGCUCAAGAAAACAAUGGAUAAUGAUCUAAGAAAAGAGUAAUGACAUAGAUGAU